AGUGAAAGGGAAGGAGAGAUGCCGUUUGGAGGGCUUGCAGGACUGAAGGAGAAGGUGUUGAAGCCAGGGAAGGAGGAGAUGAAGUACACUGUGGGCGACUCUAUGGGGAACCUGCAGAGGAAGAUUGAUGGCACCAAUGUAGACGAUGAGGCACCAAUAGAGCUAACGGAAGAUGGCAGGCCCGUGUCAGCUUCUCACCGCAGCCCACCAAUGCUCGAUUGUGGCUGCUUUGGCCUGCCCAAGCGCUACAUCAUUGCCAUUCUCAGUGGACUGGGUUUCUGUAUCUCAUUUGGUAUCCGCUGCAAUCUAGGUGUGGCCAUUGUGGAAAUGGUCAACAACAACACGGUGUACAUCAAUGGGACUGCUGUGAUGCAGCCUGCCCAGUUUAACUGGGACCCUGAGACAGUAGGGUUGAUACAUGGCUCAUUUUUCUGGGGUUACAUUGUUACUCAAAUCCCUGGAGGCUUUAUUUCCAACAAGCUAGCAGCAAACAGGGUGUUUGGAGCUGCUAUUUUCCUGACGUCAAUUCUAAAUAUGUUCAUCCCAUCAGCAGCGAGAGUCCACUACGGCUGUGUUUUGUUUGUGCGAAUCUUGCAGGGGCUGGUGGAGGGAGUCACCUAUCCAGCUUGCCAUGGAAUGUGGAGCAAAUGGGCUCCGCCGCUAGAAAGAAGCCGCUUGGCGACUACAUCAUUUUGUGGCUCAUAUGCAGGGGCUGUGAUUGCCAUGCCUCUGGCAGGAGUGUUAGUGCAGUAUGUAGGCUGGCCCUCCGUUUUCUACAUCUAUGGAGUGUUUGGAAUCAUAUGGUAUACUUUCUGGCUACUGCUUGCCUAUGAAAGCCCAGCUGUACACCCUACUAUUAGCGAAGAAGAGAAAACAUACAUUGAGACCUCAAUUGGAGAAGGGGUCAACCUAAUGAGUGCUACUGAGAAAUUCAAGACUCCAUGGCGACAGUUCUUCACUUCUAUGCCAGUCUACGCCAUUAUAGUGGCCAACUUUUGCCGUAGUUGGACUUUCUAUCUCCUGCUUAUUAGCCAACCAGCUUACUUUGAGGAGGUUUUUGGUUUCCCUAUAAGCAAGGUGGGUAUUUUGUCAGCUGUGCCCCACAUGGUCAUGACCAUCAUCGUGCCGAUCGGAGGGCAGCUCGCAGACUUCUUGAGGAGCCAUAAAAUUCUGUCCACCACAACCGUGCGCAAAAUCAUGAACUGUGGAGGUUUUGGGAUGGAAGCCACAUUACUGCUAGUGGUGGGAUUCUCACAUACACGUGGUGUAGCCAUUUCAUUUCUUGUCCUGGCAGUAGGCUUCAGUGGCUUUGCCAUAUCAGGUUUCAAUGUGAAUCACCUUGACAUUGCUCCCCGUUAUGCAAGUAUUCUGAUGGGAAUCUCCAACGGCGUAGGCACACUGUCUGGUAUGGUGUGUCCUCUCAUCGUUGGAGCACUGACCAAACACAAAACUCGUCGGGAAUGGCAGAAUGUCUUUGUGAUUGCCGCCAUGGUCCAUUAUUGUGGCGUGAUCUUUUACGGCAUCUUUGCUUCGGGUGAAAAACAAGACUGGGCUGACCCUGAGACCACUAGUGAGGAGAAGUGUGGCAUCAUCGGAGAAGACGAACUUGCUCAGGAGACUGAGGCCAGCUAUGACAGCUCCCUCAACACCAAGAUGAAGUCUUACGGAACCACUACAGAGAACUCAGAUGGCCGUAAACAGGGCUGGAAAAAGAAAAGAGGUGUGACCACACAGGAGGAAGAUGAAAGAGGACCAUCGCGCUAUGAGAAUGGGAACUAUUAGCAGAAUUAUUGGUGACGUUUGGGAUUUAAGGUUCAUCAAGAGCCUUGGACUCCUCUCACCUCAUUGGUGUGCUUUUAAGGUGAUGAAAUCAAAAUGAGCAACUCCACUGGAUC